UUCCAGGUUUUAAUGAAUUUCCACGUUCAGUUAUAGCCCGGUGACUGACAAAGGGCCGGCACCAUGCUGCAGCAGAUCCUGCGGGACAUGUGGGUAGACCCGGAGAUUCUGGCCGAGCUGGAUGAGACUCAGAAACAGACGCUGUUCUGCAAGAUGCGGGAAGAACAGGUGCGGCGGUGGCAGAUCUGGGAUCAAAAGCUCUGCAAAGAAGACUCGACGGACAGGCCGAAGAAGAAUGGGAAGAAGCAGGUCAAGUUCUUGCACGGGGAAGACGGGGAACCGUGGGUCUGGGUGAUGGGAGAGCACGCCAACGACAAGUCCAUAGAAAGCAUCCUAGAAGAGGAGACCCGCGCGCGCGCACUCGCGCAGGCGCGGCAGGAGGCGCAUCAGCUACGCAAGUCCGUUGAGAAGGAGCUCACACAACUCAUUGACUACCGGCCGCUGGAUAGUCUGGAGCAGAAGUUUGACCUAUCCCCCAAAAACGUCGAAUCUAUAGAAGACGCUUUGGAAAUCUACUGCACAGUGGACGAUUUGCGGCAGCGGAUCGCAGCGCUGGAGCCCGAGGUGAAAGAGAAGUCCGGGGGGAAAGAGAAGGACUACAGCGACGACAUGAAGCUGGACCUUAAUAAGAAUACUUUGCAUUUCAACUUUAUUGAGGGGAAGAGAGAUGGGUUACAGGAUCUGUCUCAAAACAGCCCCACAGACGGUGUUAGUUCACGCGUACUCGCAUGGGAGCGGCGCGUGGCGGGUGCGAGAGCUGGUGAAUUACUUCGCGGAAUCAAGGCCAGGAGAGCGCGCUCUAUGCGAGAUGCUACGCUUAAUGCGCAGGAUGAUGCAGCCUGGCGGGAGCAAGAGCGUAAAGCCAAGGAAGCGGAAGCCGCGAUGCGGGAGAUAGCGCGCGCCGCGCGCGAGGCGCACCGCCGCUCCGCCGAGCCCGCGCCGCCGCCGCCGCCCUGCCCUAGCCAAGCUGGAAAGCCUCCAAGCCGAGAAGCGGUGGUGGAGUGGUUCCGCAGCCAGGAGCUGCCCCGAGGAGUGGGGCUCGACGAGAACAACAAACCCGUUAACUGGUUCCAUGGUCUCAUCACCCGAACAGAGGCGGAGCAGCUCCUGUCCCGCUGCCUGCCCGGCGCCUUCCUCGUGCGCGUGUCGGAGCGCGUGUGGGGCUACGCGCUCUCCUACCGCGCGCCGCACGCGCGCUGCAAGCACUACCUGGUGGAACGCGUCCCACAAGGUUAUCGGUUGCUGGGGGAUAGUCAAGCUACGCACAAUACUUUAGCUGAUCUCAUAGCGCACCACAAGACGGUGGCCAUCACGGAGAACGGCGGCGAGCUGCUCACCACCGUCUGCGCCCACCUGCAGCCGCCCGCCAUCUUGGAGGCGCUCUAGCGAUCCUUACUGCACCACACAAAUCACAACCGUAUCAGUGAAACGACACCCUACUUGUGGUUGGGCGUGAGAAUUUUCUGUUUUUCGUCAAUAACUUUAUUGUCCUGAUCAAAAUCUAUGAAAUGUAGAAUACUAGCCACCCGUCCCGGCUUCGCACGGGUGCAAUGCUGAUGCAUACAUAUAAACCUUCCUCUUGAAUCACUCUAUAAAAAAACCGCAUUAAAAUCCGUUGCGUAGUUUUAAAGAUCUAAGCAUAUAUAUUUUUAUUUUUCUACCUAUCGUUAUCCCGGCCUUUGCCAGGGUCCGCUUUCCUACUUGCCUUUCUCCACUUUGCUCGAUCCUGGGCGUCCUCUCGCGUAAGCCCGUACUACCGUACCGUACCAUGUAGUGAUUAAUCAUUUAUUAAAAAUAGAAUAAUCAUUUAUUGACACUCACAUAAUCGUACACUAUAAAAAAAAACCGGGUUUCCUAAAAAAACUCAACAAUGAAAUAGCAAACAGCGUGACAAAAGGGUUAAUCACAACAUUUUCUGUGGUGCAGUGUAGAGUAGCAGCCACAGCGCUGGUUUUCAGUUCACACUAUUAUAUCUACAAAAAGUUUUGCGUGUGUUUAAAUUACAAAUUAAAUUCAUUACAAAUUUGGGAAUCUGUCCAGGACUAUCUAACCCAAAAUUUGAUUCUAUAUCAACACUAAAAAGUUGUCAUCAAAAAAGAAAAAAAAAACAAUGUUCAACCACAAGUAUGGCGUCGUUCCACAGUGAGUAUAUCUGGGUGAUUACAGAGUCAUGGUCCUGAAUAAUAUAGGUACUGAACAACCUUUCAUAUGGGACCAACCAUAAGUUCGCAAAUAAAAUCACCUAUACAAGUGAAAACUUGCGAGCUCAAAGUAGCCGAAAUAUUUCGGGACAUGGGUAUUUAUUUUCGCGAUGUUCAUAUGAAAUAGUCUUUAAUUGAUAAAAGUUGUUCAGUCAUUCCAGAUCAUGAGCUCAUAAUAACCCAGUAUAAUUAUGUUCGUAGUUUAACAGGAAGAAGCAAGCAUAUCAGAAGGAAAGAAGUAUUGGACUAGUUAGAGCGUACGUAGCGCUACUCUUUCAAUAGUUCUGGUAAAGCUAGAAAACCAAUCUUUGGUCUAAUGUACCUACCUACUUCAUGGCUUGACUUAAGUUUACGCCCCACUAAAAUUGGCUUUCUCACAUUCUCGGAAAUAUUGAAAGAAAUUAUUAUUUUUUGCUUUAGAUGUGACGCCAGUUUCUGUUAGAAACGUCUUUUUCACCGAUGGUGUCUAGCUACUGUUAAUAAAUAUAACAUAGUCUUUGUUUUUCAAAAGUGCUAACUUCGUUACUGGCCGCGUAGCCAACAUGCCAAUCGCUUACGCUCUAGCGGUCGAAACGCAACUGUCACUGUCGCACUAAUAUGGAAGAGUGAUAGAGACACAAAGCGUUUCUUUUUCGUAGCGAUAGCGAUAGCGAUGUCACCUUGGCUAGGCCGGCUGUUCUAUGUAAUUUAAAAGGGUCUCUAUUGUUUGACAUAAUUAUUGAAAGUCAUAAUAUAUUGAUUGUCAUAUUAUCAUUAGUCAUAAUUUGGUUUUUCUCGGAAACGCGUAACUUUUCAGGAUUGCCAUAAAACAAACCCAACCUAACCUAUCUAUAGGAUAACACGAGGAAAAUCCUGAAAAGUUAACGGUUUUAGAAUGACUAAUGAUAAUAUGACAAUCAUUACAGUUUUCAUCAUCAUUUCAUUUCAGUUUAGAAGUUAAGGAAUAAGCUGUUAGAAAAACAUCUCAAAUAUUGAGUCACAUUUUUUGUAGAUCAAACUGGGACCAUUUCUACGAGUCAUGUAUGUAUAUUUAGAGGUAAGUUAUGUUAUGUCUGUAUUAUUCUGAGAUUUGACCGCUAUAUUCUAAGUAUUCUUAAGGACGUGAUACCUAUAGGUAGCGAAGACGGGCUUUUGUAUUCUAAAGCUACAUCUAUUCGUUUAACUUUUUGAAAAAAUUCUAAUAUUUUUAGAUACGAAAUAUUGUCUACUUUAAUAACAAAACUUCCGUGAGACACAGACAUAUUAAACAUUUCGGCACGGAGUGAAACAUGUCGAGCGUUUUUCGACUUAAAA